AUGGCUAUGGUUCAAAGGGCUGCAGAUGUACCACAUGGUAAAUCAGAAUCUGAGCAAAGAAUCUUGAAUGAAACUUUGAAGGUUUGAACUUGACAAUGAUUGCUUUAUUUAACUGCAAUGAUUACAUGAAAGUCAAAGAAAGUGUCAAAAUUCUUACUGAGGAUUUAAAGAUUUACCUCCAUUAAUUCCCAACAUGUGGGAUAAAUUCAGAUUCAUAUGAUUAUUUACUGUUUGACAUUUACUGAUUUUAUGAAAUGUAAAAUGUAUUGUCUGAUUCAAAGGAAUGGUCAGUAUAUGGGGGAGAAAGAUACACCUCACUUUGCAAUGAUUCAAGAAAUACAGGAGUGUACUUAAGAGAGUUGGUAUUUCUUUUGGGAGAAAAAGUAAGUAAAUCUAUUAAACUAAAAUAUUUGUAAAUGUCCUAUUUAUUUUUUGCUCAUCUAACUGGGAACACUAUCUUCUUUAUUGCACUUUGAAGAAUUUAAUUUGUCUGCUGAAUGAUGUGGAAUUAAAAAAUACUACUUGAUCAUAAUUGAACUAAUUACCCCUAAUCUUGAGGAAGACAUUACAAGACAUCUAUUAAACUACUAUUCCCCCUAGCCAAAGUGCAUGUCAAAAACUAGGUAAUGAGCUUAUUGCAAGGUAAGUACUACUGCUAAUAGCUGAGCCUCUGGUGUUAGAGUUGCCAUGUUAUCAGGUAACAUUAACCAUCCUGAUAUUUUACCGCUUUAAGGUCAAAGAAAUGGCUUUCUUAAAGGAGGUGUUACCCCAGACACUGAAUUAUCCCGACCAUCCUUAAUUACAAUUAUGGAAAUAUUCAAUAAUUGUUGAUUAUGAGAUCUGAAUUUAAUUUCUGUCAAUUCAAAAAUUGUUUGCAGAUGUUAUCAAUGGAGAUUUUACCUGUAAUAUUGAUUAUCUGGAACACACUUUUCCCAUAACAACUACUGCUUUCUGCUCAAAAAUCCUACCUUGUCUUGUUUGUAUUGUAUUGGGACUGAAGAGAAAAGUAUUCUACUUUUGGAAUGGGGUCAAUCAAUUUAUGCUUAUCUACUUUUUUCUUGGAAAUAGGAGUUUUGUUGAAAUAGAAUGACAGAACUGGCCUACUGAAAUGGUAUCUGACACCUCAGCAAAUGUUAGUCCCUUAAUUUAAAUAGAUUAUUGAUGGUUAUCAACAAUUGUUAAAAAAAUUGAUUUUGAUGAUGUAAAUGAUCAUCAUCUGAUUGUUUUAAAUGUCGGUAAUGGUAUCAGAAAGUAUCAAAUAAUAUUGAAGUUUUUUCCUAGAUUGAUCCUGUAAUAUUGGAGGAGUACAAGCAAAUGAAAAGAUUUAGAAAUUCUAUGUCAUUGAUUAAGGAGAAAGGUUUGUGAGAGACACCUUAAACAGGUUUGACAUUUUGAUCAACCACAUAAUCAUCUACAAAUUGUGUUCUUCAGAAGUCCCCUGUCAUAUGUUCUUCUGUUAGAUAUAGUGCUAGUAAUAGUAGUUAAUUUAAUUUAAAUUGGUAUUACUGAGCCUGUGGAACCCUCAACAAUUAUCACUACCAAAGUCAUGUUUGCAUACAAUGUAAGUUUCUCCUUUUGCUGCAGGUCAUUUAAUUUUGACUAAGUUCAGAAAACCUCUUUUUCAGUUUAAUAAGGAAAAUACUCUGUACUUGACAAGGUUUUCUAUUCUUAAGCCGAGAGAUUAACUGCAAACUCCUAAUUUGUAUGAAAUCUCUCUGUUUAGGCUUGACAGAUGGAAAUGGUCUGAUAAAAGAUGCUGUUUCUUUUCUUGCACCAAUCAUCGAUCCACCAAAAUUUGGGACAUGGCUUCUUGAACAGGUACAAGCUGCUUCCUGUUUUAUUUGUCAGUUUUCCAUGUAGUUUUUGUGAAAUUGAGAGGGUUAUUUUAUGCUGACCAAGUCUAACAAAGUAAUACUUUUUUUUGGAAAUUAGUCAUGAGAUUGUAGAGUAAGGUUAGUUUGCUGUGAUGAUGACCUUUAAUUAGAAUGUAAAAACCAUCCCAAUGUACUAGUUCAUAUUUGUAAAACUGUUACAAUACAAUAGCUCCCUUUCCCCUGUUGAGUGGUUAAAAUAUCUUCUCAUACUGUGGCUGUGCAUAAUAACAAAUGAUCAUAACCAAAGAUGGCUAAUGGAGAGCCUUUGCAGAACUCAUGGCAAGAGAGAGUCAACCAUGUGUAUUGAAAAAAUAAAUGAAUAAAGCAAAGAAAGAAGGUCACUUUCAAAUACAUGAUCACUUUUUAACAGUAAAAUUUAAAUUCAUUAUCCCUUGUGAAAAAAAUUAUCUUUAUCAGUGAUGGUCUGUUUUACCUAAAAACAAAAACCAACAUAGUGAUUCUCUUGACCAAAUUCUUGUGUUUUUUUUUUCAGUGCAAAAGGAAAGGGGCACACUUUAUACAAGGUGCCAUUAGAGGACCACUGACAGAGCAGGGGGAUGCUCUGCGAAUGACAUAUGGUGUUCAGUUUAUUGUGAACUGUUCAGGCUUAGGCUCAAUAGAGUUAGCUGGAGAUCAAGGAAUGUUCCCAGCAAAGGGUAAUGGGUUUUCUUCUCCUUAGAAAGUUAAUUUAUUUCAAUUGCUAUAGUCCUUCUGGCCAUUGAAAAGUGGAUCUAUGAUGGAUCAUAUUGUUGAUGGUAGAAAUGAGAUUUAGAUAAUGGAAAGGAGUCCAAAUGUUCUAACAAAAAUAAACAACAAAUGCCUCUCAUACAACUGAGACCUCAUCACUGGAAGUCCAAGCUUGAAAAAAAAAAAGCAUGAAGCCAACUUGAAAUUUAUUGAGACUAACUGUGUGUAACAUAUCUUUACAGGGAUUCUCUUGAAGGUAAAAAACGAUGGCAGUUUAUUUCCUAAGAUUGAAUUUUGUGUGGAAGGGAAGCAUACAAGCUUUGGACAUGAUGAAUCAGGACAAGAAAUUUUUGGUCAUCCAUAUCUUUUCCCCAGAGGUAGAGCAAUUAAUUGCCAUGAUAUAUUAUAAUGAUGAAAGCUAUCAUUUUUAUUGUUAUCAUUAUUUUAAAAUUUAAAAAUUUAAUAUUAGAAUGCAAUUCCUUUAACCAUGGUCAUGCACCUACACAAAACUGACCCAACUGUUGCAGGAAAUGAGCAAUAAACCCAAUGGCAUAAUUUUGAUUAGGUGAACACUGUCACAGAUGUGGAAUUAUAAACAGUGGUUAAAAGUACAGUAUCUGCUGUGCAUUUUACUCUGUGGAUGAUGAGAGCAGAGUAACACAAAUCAGAGAGCUACCAACAUUCUUGUUCCCAUGGCCAUUUUUUUCUUUGGAUCACAUGCCUUGAUGUAAGGAGAAAGGAGGGACUUUAGUAGACUGAAGUAUCUCUUUUGGGAAAGGUGAUAGAUAAUUAGAUACUAGAUAGAUAUGGAGCAGGCACCUUGUGUCUUUAUUUUUCUUUUUAGGAAUUGGUUAGUGUCUUUGCGGACUCAUUUGUGUGUUAUGGAAACUUCUUUCUUUUUGGAAAUUAUAGAAUUAUUUGUGCUUUGGGAAAUGGAUUUGUAAUUAAGUUAAUUGUUUUAGCUUUGAGGCCUAAUUUAGGCCCACAGUCAUGCAGCUUAAUUCUAUGCACAGAAAAGUAAACAGUCUGUUUUCAUUUCUCUCAACUGUAUGGCAGCUAUAACUAUGAACUUAGAUAUUUUACUCGUUGAUUUGUGCUUUUUUAUGUAGCAUUAAGUUUUACUAAUACUGCCAGAUCCAUUGCAACUAAUACAAUUGUAAUACAUGUGUUUCUAAACAGUACUCCAAUUAUUCAGGUUUAUGAUAGUUUUAAGUUGCAUUUUUAUCGUUUGGCUUAUAGCUAAUUCAUUUGUAGAAAUCAAAUGUCCAGCUUGUUUCAAUUUAUGCUCUUGCAGGUGAAGAUACACUGAUGUUUGGCUCAUUCUAUCAGCUAAAUCGGUGGGACUGCAGUGCAUCUAUUACAGCUCCAUAUGUCCAAUCCAUGAUCAGACAAUGCAAGGAUCUCUGUCCGUGCCUGAAUUCUCUUAGGGAUAGUGAUUUCCAGGUUACUGUUGGCAUUCGACCUGGAAGAAAACCUGGACUUAGAAUAGAACAAGAUCCUUUAGAACCCCGGAUAUUUCAUAAUUAUGGUCAUUAUAGGUGGGGAAUGACAUUAAACUGGGGAAGUGCUAGAGAUCUUGUUUAUCUUAUUGAGAAUGAGGCAAAUAGGAUCCAAAAUGCCAAAGGGAAAGGAAAAUCAGCUGUUGCCAAACUGUAGCUGGAGAGGUUAAGCCUGGAGCAAUCUUAACUUACAUGUAACUCUGGAAAAAAAUUGUGUACAGUGACACUGUUAUCAAGCAAAACCCACAUUAUAAGCACAUGAAAUCAAUUGAAUUGAGCUGUUUUAAGUGAGACCCAAGACCAGCAUUUAGAGGACAGCUCGAGAUGUUUUACUGUAGAGUUUUAAUGUUUCAGGGAAACUAAAGAACUUUAUAAUCCCAUAACUGAUAAAAGAAAUUUUCAUAGCCCUGUAGUAUUAUUGUAGAUUAGUGUUCACUAUAUAUUAUUAUAUUAUUAUAUGUAUUUAUAUAAUAUACAUUACAUUGUCUGUGUGAAAAUUAUUUUUAUGGGAACAUUUCCUUUUAAAUAGCUAAUAAGAGUGGACCAGUGAGAACUGUUUGAAUUUUGAAUUUAUAAGCCCUUUGCACUAGAAAUUAAAAAAUUGGCAAAAGUAACUAGGUUCACAGAUACGUGUUCUUGCACUCCUCUUGUAGCCAACAUUUCCCAAUUGCUGAUCAAACAUUCCAUAUUUUGCUUCUAGAAAGCUAAAAUCAUUAGAGUAAGUUCUCAAUCAAGAGUGUAAAGUAGGAAAAUAAACACACUCCACCCCCAUGUUACUGCUGAUUCAAAGAUAGUAAAUGACAUCGGAUCUAUAUACUAUUUGUUUUACGGUGGUGACGGUAUUAUCAUUGUUACUAUUUUUACCUUAAAAAUACAAUUUAUCGGCAAUAGCAUGUUUUCUCUAUCCACAAACCAUUCUCAUGGGGUAAAACAAGAAUGACCAUGAAAAUGCCACAGCCAUAAGCCCAAACAAAUUCCUUUUCUCAUUAUUGCCACAGAGAUUACACUGCGAUUCAACUUUUUUAAAAUUUUGAAGAAAUUGAGUUGUUGUCAAUCAAUUCAUAUUAAACGAUUUCCAUCUCUGCUGGUGGGCAUAAUCUUUCAUCUACUUCUUAACUUACUUUAACUGGUCUCUUUCAGUUUAUAUAAUGAAAUAAAAUAAAUCACGUAAAUGUCAAACUAUGUAGCCUGGGAGAUACCCAUUCGUAGUUUAUAAUAAGGGAUCACAGACUAAUACAGAAAACAAAACUUAGAUGGCAAAGAUAUCUUUAAUCAAAUAUGAAUAAUACUAAAUGCAGUCUAAGAUUUUUGAAAAAUAAUACUAAACAUAUCUGAUACCUAUCAACAGCUGAAAUAGUCUAUUAUAUAACAACCUAAUUUAUAAUAGAAUGACAUUCUUUAAUUAAAGUGCUUG